AUGCAAACCCUCUUCCUAGUUCCAGCACAACAAUUGGUCUUGCAACUUGCAAGUGGAGGCACUUUCUUACCAAUGCUUAAAACUCUCAUUAUCAAGGCUAAGUGGAUUGGUUCUGAAUGGGAUGAAACCGUGUCAAGUGCAAGCCUCAGGAAGCUAGUUAUCUAUUGCCAAGGUGGUUGUGCAGACUUGCUGAAUUCAAAGAGUAUUUCUUUCGAUACUCCAAGUCUUCUUUACCUUGUGUAUUCUGUUUUUGUUGCGGAGGACUAUCCAAAAGUCAACUUGACAAAUUUGGUUGAAGCUAAAUUCAACCUUAUGUUACUUGACGAACAAAUCGAGCAAAUAAGAGAGCCGAAUGAUGAGGAUGAUGUUUUUCUCCGUCUUGGAAAUGUGUUGAAGCUCUUUGCUGGCAUAAGAAAUGUUCAGAAACUUUACUUAUCUGCAAAUAUUCUUGAGGUCCUUUCUCUAUGCUGUGAAUCAUUUCCGGUGUUCAACAACCUCAAAAUUUUACGAAUAAGGAGUGCCGAGGAUCGAGGAUGGCAAGCAAUGCCGGUUCUCUUAAGGAACUGUCCACAUUUAGAAACUCUAGUCCUUGAGGGUCUUAUACACUAUGUGACAGGUGAAUGUGGGAAUGCUUGUGACUGCAAAUCUCGGGAGGGAAUAGUUAGUUCGCUCUUAUCAUGUCCAGUGAAGAAGGUGCAGAUUAAAGGGUUUAAAGGAACGAUGAGAGAGUCGUCAAUGAUAUGGCAUUUCAUGACGUCUUUCCCGUGUUUAAAGUUCUUGGUGUACACUCCCAUGGAUAAGAAGUGGAUUUUCGGAGUGGCUUUUUCGAAUGUAAGAGUUUUCAUAAUCGACAUUGUCAUGAUUAUUAUCUUCCUCAGUUAA